AUUUGUUAAUGUUAUAGUCACAUUGCAGUCCGUGGUUAUAGUGCAUGUGUGUACUGUGUUGUGUAAAUUUGUGUUUUUUUUUCUGUGUCUAAGUGUCUUCAGUAGUUUUGUUGUUCAGGUUCAGCCGUUCAGCGGUCUUUGCGUUCGAGUUUGAAAAUUCAAGUUAAAAAAUUAUUGAUCAAUCAAUAGAUAAAAAUUUUGAUUUUUCGUGCCCCAUUACUUAUUGAUUCUAAAUGGAUAGUGCAUGUGCAGUAACAACAGUGAGGAAUGAAGAUUAUGUCGAAUAUUUUUUGUUUAUUCGGUCAGAUGAAAGCGAGGAGAAUGCCGAAGAAAUGGUAAAACAUAUUAACCACUUUAACACUAAAGCAUUGGAGUUGGUAGAUAGACUGUCCAAACAGUUUAUAUGGCACAAAGACAAGUUCAAUUUGAUACCACGGUUUUGCCCAUCAGCAGAACUGAGACAGUCAUUUUCCGAUACUUCGGACGAAGUAUUACCACCACAUUUGUAUGGUGUAACCCAUUAUGGUGAUAACAUUGAAGACGAAUGGUUUAUUGUAUAUUUAUUGAAAGAGAUCACAAAGGAAUAUCCUGAAUUAAUUGCUCGUGUUAUAGAUUCUGACGGGGAAUUUCUACUUAUAGAAGCUGCUGAGUGUUUGCCCAAUUGGGCGAAUCCUGAUAACUGUGAUCAGAGGGUCUACAUAAGUGAUGGAGAUGUUCAUAUUAUUCCAUUAGUUAGUUCAAAUAGUAGAAAAUCAAUUACUGUUUCACAAGCAUUAGAACAGAUUUCCAAACAUCCUACUGCCACUAUAGCUACACAAGAAGUUAAUUCUGCAAUAUCAUCGCGUUUGCAUAGGUAUCCYGAUAAAAUCAAGGAAAAUCUCCAUUGCUGUCAUGCAUAUUUACCAGUAGGUGUUGCAUACUUAUUAAAACACCAGCCUAGUCUUAUAGCACCAGCUGUAAUAGCAUUUUGUCAUAGAGAUAUGUUGGAUAUUAAAGCAUGCCAAACGAUGAAAAAUUUUCCACCAAAAGAGAGAGUAAUGCGUACAGUGACCAUGACUAAAUGUUUGUAUGCUAUGCUUAUAAAACAAAAAUUCAUUCCUGAAAAGAGAACUGGUUGGGAUUUAGUUGAAACAACAGACUUGCGAUACAAAGCACAAAUUACUGGAAUAAAAAUAGCUUGUGGAUUUGAAAUAUUAGCCAGCCAAGCAAAAUCAACUGUCAAAAAUACUCCUAUAGAUUUGACCUAUGACAAACGUUGGCAUCAUUACAAAUCAUCUUUAGCUGAAAAAGGAUAUUUUAAAAAUUUAUAUGAAGGUUCAAAUGGAUACAAACUGUUAGAAGAUCAAGCUAAACAGUAUUACCUAUCAAAUGUAGAUGAAUAUUUAUCAUCUCCAUCAAUUAGUCAAAGAAUUAAAAAUAUUUUAGAUAGCGUGACUGAACAAGAAUUAGCACAGCUGAAAAGCGAUAUCUCAGAUUUAGAACCAGAAGAUGAUGAAAAGUGGUUAGAUGUCUCACCAUCUGAUUUAGAUCGUAUUCUURAACAAAAGUUUGGAUUGAAAAAUUCUGAACAAUCUUCMGCAUCAAAUUUUGCUUCCUCUUUUACUGACAAGAUUAGAAGCUUUUUAAACCAAGCAUCUGAUAUUAAUGGAGCAGAUUUCUCUAAAAAUCAUCUUAGUGACGAUUCUGAUGAUUUGGAUGAUGAAGAUAAACCUGAUGAUGAUAAACUUUCCAACUUAUUAGUUUGUGGACCAGACGUAAUGUGUCCGACAAAUGAUGACAAAGAUGCGGUUGCUGUUAGAUACAAGAAACAUAAAAACAAAACAAAUGAAAAAAGUGGUGUGAAUUUUGAACCAGAAAAAUAUGAAGCUGCACUAAGAAGUAUUUUAGAUUUUAAAAUUCCUGAAGACAAUUGGGAUGAGUCAAACAGUUCUGACAUGGAUUCAUAUGGCAGUGAUUGUGAUGACAUAAUGUCAGGAAGUCAAGCUGGUGCUAGUCUUACUAGUUAUAUGGCUCAAAUGGACAAAGAACUUGCAUCUACAUCUUUAGGAAGUAGUUUUGUAAAAAAACCUACAAGUGACAAAAAUAAAUUAAAAAAAACUGUUAGAAUAGACCCUACAGUCCAAUGUCAAGACAGCGAAGAAGAUAAUUUCUCUGAUGUGGAAGAUUUUGAACCUGUUGACAUAGACGUAAAUGCUUUUCAACAUAUUCUUAAAUCAUAUCAAGAACAGCUUGGUUUACCAGGACCUGCUGGCAACCUUUUAGGACCAGCUGGUCUAAAUUUGGGCCAAGAACCUUCCAAAUAAUUUUUUUAACUUUAAAGUAUGAAAUAUAACAUUCUUCUCUUAUACAAUUUUUUUUUAUACAUGCCUAUA